GGCCAGGCCCGGUGCCGGCCGCGGGCGUGUGGUGUCAGGUUUCUCCGUUCUGAGGCGGGGGGAAAGCGGCGCCUUUUCUCCUCUUCGUUCCGUCUCUGAUUCUUCCCUGCUUGGGACCGGGCAUUGCCCAGCCAGAUCUGCUGGAGGUGGAGACGGCCCCCUUGAACUGAAACAGAAUGGCUCUAGCAGGAAUUCGUGUGAUUGAGCUCGCUGGUCUGGUACCUGCACCAUUGUGUGGAAUGAUUCUGGCAGACUUUGGAGCCAAAGUAGUGCGUAUAGAUAAAACAAAGAACGCUUCAUUUACUGACACAUUGGCAAGAGGCAAACAUUCAGUUGCUUUGAAUCUGAAAAGACCAGAAGGAGUUGAAGUGCUGAAACAACUUUGCAAUCAAUCUGAUGUUCUCAUAGAACCAUUCCGUAAAGGUGUCAUGGAGAGGCUGGGUCUUGGACCUGAAGUUUUAUGUGGGCAAAAUUCAAGGCUCAUCUAUGCCAGACUGACUGGGUUUGGACAAAGUGGACCAUUUUCCAAAACUGCUGGGCAUGAUAUCAACUAUAUUUCUGCCUCAGGUCUGCUGUCAAAGUUUGGCAGGAAAGAAGAGAAGCCCUAUGCACCACUAACUGUGUUGGCUGACUUUGCUGGAGGUGGGGUUUUGUGCGCUCUGGGUAUAAUUCUAGCACUGUAUGAAAGAAUGCAAUCUGGAAAAGGACAAAUCAUUGAUGCAAACAUGGUUGAAGGAGCAGCUUACUGUUGCUCCUGGCUUUGGAAAUCACAGCAACUAGGAUUAUGGGAUCAGCAAAGAGGCGAAAACCUACUGGAUUCUGGUGCACCAUUCUAUGAGACUUACAAGACAUCUGAUGGAAAGUACAUGGCAGUUGGUGCAAUAGAGCCUCAUUUCUACGAACAGUUUUUAAAAGGGCUUGGCUUGGAUUCUGCCAAACUUGCUCCUCAGAUGAGCCAGUCUGACUGGCCAGAGAUGAAGAGAAUUUUUGCAGAAGCCUUUGCUGCAAAAAGUCGAGAGCAGUGGUGUAAGAUCUUUGAUGGGACGGAUGCUUGUGUGACUCCUGUUUUGUCAUUUGAAGAAGCUCUUAAUCAUCCACAUAACCAAGAAAGAGGAUCUUUUGUCACAGAUGAGAAUGGGCAAGUCCCCCAGACCAGCCCCAGACCAGCCCCUGUCCUUUCCCGGACCCCAGCCACUGUCAAUUUGGGAAGAAACCCAGAAGUGGGAGAACACACACAACUUGUAUUAACUGAAUAUGGUUUCACCAAAGAACAGAUAAAUAUGCUGCUGUCUGCUGAAAUUAUUGAAUGUAGAAGAUCAAAAUCUAAUUUGUAAUGAUUUUAUAUCUGUCAUUUAAUUAUAUUAGACCAGAUAUAUAGAAUGGAACAAAUUCUAUUUGCCAUUUGAUCAUGGCUGAUCCCAGAUCCCAUUCAGCCCCAUACACCUGCCCUGUCACCAUAUCCCUUGAUUCUCUGGCCAAACAGGAAUCUAUUAAUUUCCAUUAUAAGUAUACCCCCAUACUUGGCCUCUGCCAUAGUCUGUGGCAGAGCAUUCCACAGAUUCACCACUCCUGGGCUAAAAAAAAAUCCUCUUCUGUUCUAAAAGGUUGCCCCACAAUCUUGAGGGUGUGUCCUCUAAUUCUGGAUAUCCCCACCGUAGGAAACAUCCUCUCAACAUCCACCUUAUCUAGUAAUUACAACAUUCAGUAGGUUUCAAUGAGAUCCCCCCCACAUUCUUCUAAGUUCCGGUGAGUAUAAGCGCAAAUCUGGCAGAUGCGCCUCAUAUGUUAACCCCUUCAUCCCUGGAAUCAUCCUCGUGAACCUCUUCUGAACUCUAUCCAAUGGCAAUACAUCUUUUCUGAGAUAAGGAGCCCAAAACUGUUGACAAUACUCCAAGUGCAGCCUGACUAGUGGCUUAUAACGUUUCUGCAUUAUCUCCUUGCUUUUAUAUUCUCCUUGAAAUAAUGCCAAUACUGCAUUUGCCUUCUUUACCACAGACUCAACCUGUGAAUUAGCCUUCGGAGAGCCUUGCACUAGGACUCCUAAGUUCGUUUGCACCUCUGAUGUUUGAAUUUUCUUCCCAUUUAGAUAAUAGUCUGCACUUUUCUUCCUUUACCAAAAAUACAUUGUCAUACAUUUCCCAACACUGUAUUCCAUCUACAACUUUUAUGCAUAUUCUUCCAAUUCGCCUAUGUCUUGCUGCAAUCGUAUUGCUUCCUCAGCACUACCUACCCCUCCACCUAUCUUCAUAUCAUCCACAAACAUUGCCACAAAGGCGUCGAUUGCACUAUCUAAAUCAUUGACAAACAAUAUGAAGAGCAGUGGUCCCAAUACUGACCCCUGAGGAACACUAUUAGUCACUAGUAGCUAAUCAGAAAAGCUGAUUAGCUUUUAUUCUCACUGGCUGCUUUCUGCCUGUCAGCCAUUCUUCUAUCCAUGCCAAUAUAUUUCUUGUAAAACCAUAGGAUUUUAUCUUGUUAAAGCAGCCUCAUGUGAGGCAGCUUAUCCAAUGCCUUCUGAAAUUCCAAGUAAAUGAUGUCCACUGCCUCUCCUUUGUCCACCCUGCUUGUUACUUCCUCUAAUAGAUUUGUAAGACAAGAUUUCCUUUUACAGGAACUUUGCUGACUUUGACUUAUUUUAUCAUUAGUCUCCAAGUACCGCAAAACCUCAUCCUUAAUGAUGGACUCCCAACACA